GCCUGUGCUCCGCAACGGGAGAGGCCACAACAGUGAGAGGCCCGUGAAACGCCCCCCCGAAAAAAAAAAAGCAUAGUGUGGCAGUAGUAACAUGAACAUUGCUCUAUAAGGCAAGAGAAAACAGUCCCGGCCCUUUUCCUGUGUGGCCCAGAGAUAGUUAUUCUCUGAACCCCAGUUUCCUCAUUUACUUAAAUAGAGAUGCAAAGACUUGAUGAACAGGUGAUAGGUCACGAGGACGUUGAACAAGCAUGACUCAGAGUAUGAUCAGAACAAACAAAAAAGGAAGAGAUUCUCCCCUCAGGCUUUGGGAGGGAGCGCAGCCCGGCUGACACCUGAUUUUGCCUCAGUGAUGCUGAUUUUGAACUUCUGUCCCUCGGAACUUGUACCACUGGGCCGAGAUGCGAGCCAAGAUGAGCCUCAUGGGCUUCAAUGCUGAAGCCGUCAAGCCGCUGAACGAGGCGGCGGCCGCCGAGCUGGGCGCCGAGCUGCUGGGCGAGGCCACCGUCUUCAUCGUGGGCGGCGGCUGCCUGGUGCUGGAGUACUGGCGCCACCAGGCGUAUCAGCGUCGCAAGGAGGGGGAGCAGCGCGCCGCCUGGGACGCGAUGCGGGACGAGGGGGGCCGCCUGGCGCUGGCGUUGGAGGCCCUGCAGGCGCAGGUACAGGCGGCGCCGCCGCGGGGCGCCCUGGAGGAGCUGCAGGCACAGAUGCAAGAGUUGCGCGCCCAGCUCUGCGCCCUGGACCCGCCGCCCGCGCCCCAGGCAGAGCCCACGCCCGAGGAGUAGGGGGCCGCAGGGCCCUGGUCUCAGACGUGACUGAUGCCUGGGCUGCCAUGUCUGUCCCCACUGUCCCUUCCUGAACCGGCCCAGCUAAUAGCACCAGGUCCCUUUAGAGUCAGAAGGGAUCUUGGACUGGGGCUGAUCCAACCAGGCUUCUGGUCACCUCCCUACUAACCUGCCCAGUGAGGAGUACCUUCCACUGGGACACCCCCAUCCACCGGUGGAACGUUCCAGCCCGACCCCCAUCGCCCCACCGCAUCCACUGGUUUAGCACUUUGGAAUGGAAAAGCAGUGUCUUCCACUGGACCCCACCCACGCACCAACAGGAGGGCCAGCAGGGCACAUGGACCAUUUAAUUUUGUCACUCAUACCUCCAACUUACCUGAGGAGUGGUCCUUUCCCUGGGACCCUCAUCCAUUACACCAGGACACCUCAUCCCACUUCUUCACUGGUACCGACCAUUGUAGUGAAAAUAUAGAAACCUCUGAUGGACUUCCCUACCCCUUGACCUUCCAUCUACCUCACUCUUCCGGGGGGGCAGGGAGUAGGAUGGAUCUUGGUGGGCAUUAGCUCCAGUGGGUCUCCCUGUGGCUCUUCUAGUCCACCACUGGUGCCUUGACUGGGGUCCUCCCCUCUUUAAGUGGAUCAUUCCAACAGAUCCCUCCACCCUUUCCUCCAUCCAAAUCUCCUCUUCAGAGUAC